AAUAAUAAUAAUAAUAAUAAUAAUAAUAAUAAUAAUAAUAAUAAUAAUAAUAAUAAUAAUAAUAAUAAUAAUAAUAAUAAUAAUAAUAAUAAUAAUAAUAAUAAUAAUAAUAAUAAUAAUAAUAAUAAUAAUAAUAAUAAUAAUAAUAAUAAUAAUAAUAAUAAUAAUAAUAAUAAUAAUAAUAAUAAUAAUAAUAAUAAUAAUAAUAAUAAUAAUAAUAAUAAUAAUAAUAAUAAUAAUAAUAAUAAUAAUAAUAAUAAUAAUAAUAAUAAUAAUAAUAAUAAUAAUAAUAAUAAUAAUAAUAAUAAUAAUAAUAAUAAUAAUAAUAAUAAUAAUAAUAAUAAUAAUAAUAAUAAUAAUAAUAAUAAUAAUAAUAAUAAUAAUAAUAAUAAUAAUAAUAAUAAUAAUAAUAAUAAUAAUAAUAAUAAUAAUAAUAAUAAUAAUAAUAAUAAUAAUAAUAAUAAUAAUAAUAAUAAUAAUAAUAAUAAUAAUAAUAAUAAUAAUAAUAAUAAUAAUAAUAAUAAUAAUAAUAAUAAUAAUAAUAAUAAUAAUAAUAAUAAUAAUAAUAAUAAUAAUAAUAAUAAUAAUAAUAAUAAUAAUAAUAAUAAUAAUAAUAAUAAUAAUAAUAAUAAUAAUAAUAAUAAUAAUAAUAAUAAUAAUAAUAAUAAUAAUAAUAAUAAUAAUAAUAAUAAUAAUAAUAAUAAUAAUAAUAAUAAUAAUAAUAAUAAUAAUAAUAAUAAUAAUAAUAAUAAUAAUAAUAAUAAUAAUAAUAAUAAUAAUAAUAAUAAUAAUAAUAAUAAUAAUAAUAAUAAUAAUAAUAAUAAUAAUAAUAAUAAU